AGGUUUUCCUUCAGUCUCCUCUUCUCCUUCCCUCUCUCUCUUUGCUUCUCUUCUCUCAGACGCAGCAGACCACGCCGCUGCUCCUUGCUGCCGACAAUGACAAUCACGCAGCGCACACCUCAAAUUUCAAAUUUCAAUCAAAGAUGCACAAGAAUGUCGAGUCAGCUUUAGCAAAGUUUUGACCAGGAGGAACAUAUAUUGUGAUUGAGAGGAAGCAAUGAGCAAAGGGCCUUCCUCGCAUAUUGACAUUGAAAAAAGGCAGUGCUCGCCACAUGAGAACCCGGUAGACUAAGCAAAAUGUUGGUACGUACGCACUUGUGGUUAGUCUUAACCGUGUUUGAUUUUCUCCGCAGUUGAGUUAGAGCGACCCGAGUUGCCGAGCAGGAGCAAGUCCACAAGGUGCUUUCCUUGCCAAUUGCCGAGAGAGCAGCCGACAUACUUCUUGCUAGCGAAGUAAUGAGGCCUGACCGAAAUGAUCCAAACUGGCGAGCUCGUCUGAUGAAUCUGGCCAAGAAAGGCUCGUCAGGUGGCUCGGCCGGUCCUUCUGCAUCGGCUCGGGCUGGUGGUUCUCCGCAAAUGUCGGUGUCCCGGAGUCAAGCUGAAAGUGCCUCCUCGGCUGCUGCCCGUGGGAGGGAAAAGAGACGUGCCGAGGAGCAGUUACUCCGCGAUACCGGGAAGAGGCGCGCUGAAGAGGAGCCGAGGAGGGAUAUGGGCAAGAGGCCAGCGAGUUCGUUUGUGCCAGAGGCGGGCCGAAGGACUAGUGUGGGUCCUCAGAGUGGUCCCCUGAAGCCCUGGGUGGAUGCGGAAUUGGUGCUCAGCUCGUAUCACGAGUUAACCAAGCGACUUCUGAAGGUGGAGGUCGUAGAAGGGUUGUUUACCGAGGAGAUGGGAUAUAGCGGCAUGACCCUGUCUGCAUUGGAGGACCAGAUGAAGGCCACUGUGAAGCUGUUCAUUGCUGCCCGGAACGUGGCUGCUCAUCGCGAGUUUGACCGAGGAAAAAGGGAUGAGCAUGCCGUGACUGUGGCCGAGCUAAAUCGAACCAUUGGCGAGAAACCGAAGUCUGAGGACGAGCUGGAGCUCGCGGUGGUUCGGCUGGAAGCAGAGAGUAAGAAGUAUGCCGAGCUGAUGUCUUCGGUGAGCAAGCUUCCCGAGGAGAAGCGAAACUUGAGAGCAGAUCUGUCGCAUUCGCAAAAGGAAUUGGCUGAGGCCAAGCAGAAGAUCGAAACUCUCUCCUCCGAGCAGCGCUCGUGUUAUGAUGAUGCUGUGAAAGACUUCGUCGAAUCGGUUGAGUAUGAGGAGAGGCUUGCUGGUCAGAGGGUUCAGGGAUACUUUGAUCUCAUUGAGAAGGUAGGGGAGAAGUAUCCUUCCCUGGACUGGAGCUUUCUAGACGGUGGAGCCGAGGAGGUUCCAGCAGAGCAAGGUGAGGGUGGGGACUCGACUGGCCCGUGUACCGAACCUAUUGUUUCAGUUGGCGAUCCUGCUAGUAUAUGUACCGAGCCUGUUUCUCAAGGCGCCGAGCCCAUCGAUCCAAGUGUUGACCAAGUUGCGUCACAUGAGAACCCUUCUGCUGUGGUUAUUUCCGAUGAGGCUGGGGGCCACAACUCCUGAGCUAAAGACCUGCAUUUAUUUUUUGUAGUUUUGGACAUGUAUGAACAAUUUGCUGACCCUUUGGUCGGCUCGGUGUAAUUUGUGCUUAAUACUCGUGGUUUUACUUUUGCCCAUGUUUGAACAUCUUUUGAUUGGGUGAAUGCAAAACCAUUGCUGUCGUGUUGCACACUUUUCAUUUUGGUGUCAUUCCAAACAUGCAAGACAAAUCAAAGAUUGGGUGAAUGUCUCCUAGUGAGAGAAUCUAUGACAUCAUAUGUUGAAUUCA